AUCCAUGAAUUGCAGUUAGGAAAUUUGGAAGAGCAAAAUCAACUAAGAGAAGAGAAUGAAAUUUUAAAGAAGAAAUUGGAACAGCUUCAAACAGAUCGUUGUGAAGAUGUUGAGGAGUUGGUUUAUCUUAGAUGGAUCAAUGCUUGCCUGAGGUAUGAGCUGAGGAAUUAUCAGCCUCUUCCUGGAAGAACAGUAGCAAGUGAUCUUAGCAGAUGUUUGAGCCCCAAAUCCGAACAAAAGGCCAAGCAGCUGAUUCUAGAUUACUCAAAUUCCCAUUUGAAUUCUAACCGUUCAAGUUUAAUGGACUUUGAUUUAGAGGAUUGUUUUUCUCAAACAUCAAGUGAGGAGUUCGAUGAAACUUCCCAAGACUCUUCAAAGUCAAAAUCCAGCAAAUCAAAAAUUUUUAACAAGCUUAAGAAGCUUGUGCUGGCAAAAGGCCGCAAUGAAGAUAAGGUGGCGAUGAGAACUGGCAGUGAUUUGAAUGCUGAAAGAAAGGCUUCAGUUUCAACUUGCACAGUUGAUGAUUGUAGAAGAAAAUCAUUUGGUAGCGGUUCAGGAAUGGAAUUCUUUGGUAAUGAGAAAUGGCACAUUAAAAGAAACCAUUCUCACGAUCUGGUAAGGUCUUCUUUGGAUAUUCAAAAUCUAAGAAGGCUCAACCCGGAAGAUGUUAAUGGUGGGAUGCCUGAACGCUGUAAUAGUGAUCUUGGAAUGGUCUAUGCUCAUAGGAGGAUGCUUUCUUUGGAUGAGAACUCAACAUACAGUAGUUGUCACGAUCUGGUAAGGUCUUCUUUGGAUAUUCAAAAUCUAAGAAGGCUCAACCUGGAAGAUGUUAAUGGUGGGAUGCCUGAACGCUGUAAUAGUGAUCUUGGAAUGGUCUAUGCUCAUAAGAGGAUGCUUUCUUUGGAUGAGAACUCAACAUACAGUAGUUCUGUUGACUACGUAGAAGGCAGCGAUCCUGAGAAGGAGAAGCUCAAGAAAUUUGCUCAAGUCUUCAAGGAUUCUCAGGGAUCUCUAAAUUCUAAGAGACUACCAACAUCAUUGAGUAUCACCUGAUUAAUGAGUGAAAGGUGGUGUUUAUAUAUGUUAUAUUCCUGAACUUGCCUGAGGACUGGGUUAGAUGGACAUUUAGUGUAACUGCUACUGAUUUGUCUAGUAAAAACUGAUCAUUCCAAGUAUAAGGAAUUCAGCAAAUAUAAAAAUUCCAAAUAAUAAUUUCAGGUAUAGUGUCUUAUAAUGCUGUUUUGUUUUUCUUUUUUGAAUGAAGUUAUUCUAGCUCUGUGCUUGUGAGAAACUUUCUUUGAAGGAAAUAAAAGGAGUUACUACA